CUGACACUUGUUCUAGUCCUCGGUCGACGACCGACAUUGCAGUAAGUUCAAAUUCUACGAAAUUUCAAACAUCGACUUUAUACGCCUUUAAAUCUUCAUUGAAGCAUAACGCGUAUAGUGCUCUUGCAUAUUGGAAAAAAUAUAAAUAACCAUGUGGGUCUUCAAACUGUUGUCUUCCGUCAUCGUACUGGUAAUUUGCUGCCAACUAACAUUUAAGGUCUCAGCAGCUGAUGAAUUUUCCUAUAUAGGUGCAGUGGCGGAAUAUCAUCCGGUCCUCACUGGAGAUAAUGGAACAGAGAUCGCGAACGAGAAUGCUAAGAAUUUCAUUACGAUGAUGGCGAAGGCUGCGGAGCACAACGCAGACAUCAUCGUUUUUCCAGAAAAUGGAUUGACGGUGGGUUUUACUUAUUCCAAAGAGAACAGAACGAUGUAUCCUUCUUUCAGUACCUUCUUGCCCGAUGACAACGCUCACGUACCCUGUAAAAACUCCGAAACCGUCGUCAUCGAGGCUCUGCAGUCGCUAUCAUGCGCAGCUCAAAACUACUCGAUGUACGUGGUGAUUAAUCUUAUGGAAAUGAAAAAAUGUAACGCCUCCGAAACCGAAUCUCAUGGUUGUCCGAGCGACGGCUUAUUCUUCUACAACACAAACGUGGUGCUUGAUCGAAACGGCACAAUUAUAUCUCGGUACAGAAAGUUCAAUCUCUUCGCGGAGCCUGGUGUCGACGUAACUUCAACGGCCGACGUCGCUUCUUUCACGACGGACUUCGAUGUCACCUUUGGCCACUUCAUCUGCUUCGACAUCCUUUUCAAAGAACCAGCUCUGACAUUGGUCAAGGACUACAACAUCACUGACAUUGUUUACCCAACGCAUUGGUUUUCCGAAAUGCCCUACCUGACCACCCUGCAGGUACAGGCCUCCUGGUCCUACGCAAACGACGUUAACUUCUUAGCGUCGAGUUUCAACAAUCCGUCAAGUGGUAGCGGAGGUAGCGGUAUAUACGCCGGGAAAGAUGGACAUCUGAUAACGUACUGGCCGGAAUACUCAUCGAAUGCACUUCUGGUAGCAACCGUACCGAAACUUAUCAACGGGGAACGAAACGUAUCGUUGGUCUCAUCGACUUCGGCACUCUAUUACGCGUUUAACGACUCAGAAAUUUCAACUCUCGUCGGACUCGAGGUGAUUCCUCAACGGCUUUUCGCCCAGGAAAACCUCACUCUCUUCACCACCAGCGAAUUAGAUUUCGUUAACGGUACGACAGAGAUAUCCAAGGAAGUCUGUAAUCGAGAAUUCUGCUGCUCGUUCCACGUUAACAGCAAUUUCGCCAACGAAAGCGUCACGGAGACCUCCAAAUACUACAAAUAUCGCAUCGCCGUUUUCAAUGGGAUCAGACUGUAUCCCGGUAUCGGUACCGGUGGAAUUCAGGUCUGCAGCAUCAUAUCUUGCACCGAUGCUACCCUCGAAAGCUGCGGCACUAGGUUCGCCGUAACUGACGAUGUAGUAGCAGCCACAGUCUUCCACAGCAUUGUGAUAUCCGGAAAUUUUUCUACCGAUGCUGACAUGGCGCAAAUGCCAAGUUCGUUGACAACGGACAUUCUGCCUCUCAACCCCAGCGAUUUUUCGUACUCGGCAGUUGAUUACGAAAACUCAACCGAUCGGAGUAUCGUCUACAACUUGACUUCGAGUACGAGUAACCUGCUCACCUUUGCGAUAUUCGGGAGGAAUUUUUCCGGCGAUUGGAAAGAAGAGAUCGUCAUUGAAGAGCCAACGGAGUCACCAACUACCGGAGCAUCUGCAGGGGUUCAUGUGCCGUAUUCUUCAAUUGCAGUCGCUAUUACAUUUUUAGUAGCGAUGUGGCAAUAAUCAGUGGCCACGAAAAUUUUCUAGACAUAAAACAAUCGAUUCAAAGUAAGAAUGCAUAUGGCAGUGCUUCGGCAGUUGAAUAAUGAAGAGAAAUUGAGGAGAGAGCAUAUUUUUGAUGUUUAAUCUUAAUGAAUCGCUUCGUGACCAAGUCAGUAUAACUUUGAAGUCAUAAUCAAAGUAGUACCUAUAGUGCUAGGUACAACUUGCAUGAUUUUAUCAGAGAGUCCACACGGAUAUUCCUGUUACAUCAUUUGACAAAUAGCUCUAAUGUGCCUAUGGCUGGUACGGUUGGUCAUUAUCAGUUAUCAAUAAAAAUUAACUGUGGACAAACCA